GUGAAGCACUUUACAUGUCAAAAACAGCUGUCCUGAGCAGUCGCGAGCACCUGGGGACCAGAUGCCACGGCCCAUCAUCUGAGCUCUGGAUGUGUGCACGAGCGCGCAGGUGUCAGGAUCACCGUGUGACGGACGGGGAGGGAGUGACGUCAUCGAGGGGGCACCAACGAGUUUUGCCAAAGAAAAGCUUGUAGAUUCACAGUGGAAAAGGGGCGCUGGGAAACCAACACAUGCUGUGGGUCUCAAAUGAACGCUCUCUCGGCGGUUUCUCCCGGUGACGCUAUCGCGGGGAAUGCAUGAGAAGCGUGACACAUAGCUGCGUGAGGAGCAUGGAGGGUACAGGACAGCCUGGAGCCGGAGACGCCUCUCACAGGCAAUGCCCAAAUGCUCUUCUCUAAGUCAUGGCCUGGCAGAAUACAUCCCAGUUUCGAUAUGGCUUUGACCUGGGGGGACAUUACCAGGAUCUGCGUCCUCUUGGCGCGGGAGCGUCCGGCCUCGUCCUGUCUGCGGUGGACAGGCGCAGCGGUCUGUGUGUGGCGGUUAAGAAGCUGGUCAUGCGAGAUGCCGUCAGUGUAAAACACGCUCUGAGAGAGGUGAAGAUCACCCGCCACCUGCAGCAUGAGAACAUUGUCAGGGUGUAUGACGUGAUGGGCCCGUCCGGUCACCCUUUACCUCUCAACUUUACCCAUGUGUCAGCAAUAUACAUAGUGCAAGAGUGUAUGGAAACUGACCUGGCACGAUUACUGGAGCGAGGGCCGCUGCCAGCAGAACACGCCACCCUGCUCUUUUAUCAGCUGCUUCGUGGGCUCAAGUUCAUCCACUCGGCAAACGUACUGCACCGUGACCUCAAGCCAGCGAACAUCUUUAUCAACACAGAGCAAAUGCUGCUGAAGAUCGGAGACUUCGGCCUGGCUCGCAUUGUGGACCCACAUUACUCUCACAAGGGAUAUCUGUCAGAGGGAAUGGUCACUAAAUGGUACCGUUCACCGAGACUGCUGCUGUCUCCAAAUAACUACACUAAAGCAAUUGAUAUGUGGGCCGCAGGCUGCAUUCUGGCUGAGAUGCUCACAGGCCGCAUGCUGUUUGCAGGUGCUCAUGAACUGGAGCAGAUGCAGCUGAUUUUGGACACCGUGCCUGUUAUUAGAGAGGAGGACAGACAGGAACUUCUGAAGGUCAUGCCCUCAUUUGUAGGUCAAGGGUGGGAGGUCAAGAAGUCACUAAGAAAACUAUUGCCAGAGGUGGAGGACAAGGCCAUUGAUUUUCUGGAGUGCAUCCUCACCUUUAAUCCCAUGGACCGACUGACAGCAGAAGAGGCUUUGUCUCACCCACACCUGCAGAGAUACUCGUGUCCUCAGGACGAGCCUGUCUCCCUGCAGCCUUUUCGCAUAGAGGACGAGCUAGAGGACAGUCUGGUCACCGAGCACGGCCAUGCACUCAGCUCCCACUGGGACAGGUUUGAUGGGAGUUUGUCGUCAGAUGUUUAUUGGCCGCAGCAGGAGCAGUGUGGCUGCAUGCAGAGCGUCUCUGAACUGGGAGAGGCGGAAGAUGAAGAAGUUCAAAGAGAUCCACGAGCGAGUUCAACGGCCCACAUCGAGGAGGUUCAGGUAGACCCUCGCAAAUACUCCCACAGCAGCUCCGCAGAGCGCUUCCUGGAGCAGUCGCACUCGUCUCUGGAGCGCAUCUGCGGUCAGUUCACGGAGCUGGACUGUGGCCGCUCCUGCGAUUACAAAGUGGGCUCUCCGUCCUACCUGGACAAGAUUGCGUGGCGGGAAGGGAAGCCGCAGCACUACUCUGAACCCAAGCUAAUACUGGACCUGUCUCACUGGAGGCAUAACACCAUGUCUGCUCCGAGAGGGGGCAGCGUGGAGAAGCCUCUCGUCGAGCCUGGAGAUCUGUUCCAGGAGAUCUCGCGCUGGGUGGAGAGCACACAGUCUGGUCUCCACUCACCUGGUUCUCCUCAAGAACCACUCACCUCCCCGUGCUCCCCUCCUCAACCUCUAUCUCCCACAAUGCUGCCUCAUUCUCAAAUGCAAAUCGCGGGGGCUUUGCAACUGACCAGCCCUCACGACAGCAGGAGGAGUCCUAACCCAUUCUUCUCCGCACCUCCUUCUCUGCUGCCCACUUCACCUUCCUCUCCUCAUCACAGUUCAUCCGAUUACCUGUCCUUCUCCAUUCGUUGCGAGAACGAUGCAGAGCCAUCGCAGAUAGAUCCUUCCAGAGAAGAACAUUUUGAUCUGGAUGUGUUUAUCUCUCAGGCUCUGAGGCUCUGUAGUCAGAGCGAGGUUCUGGUGGAGAACCCAGACGCUCCUGAAUCGGGAAGCAUUAGUCAUGUUCGUAACGUCGCAGAUCACAGACCCUCCAGAACUCUAACGCCGGAGAUGGUCAAGGCUCAUGGAUAUCAUAAAGAGCACUGGUAGAGGAUAUCUUUGACUUUUUAUUUAAUGAUACUGAAGAUGUUUGGCAAUAAUGAAUGUGAAUACUUUUGGGGACUUUUUGAGAAUGUUGUUUUAUUACCCGAAGCUAUGAUUCUGUAUUCCACCAGAAAUCUAAAGUAUUUACCCCUAGAUUGUGGAUUGCUUGACAGGAAAACAUCUGAGAUCUCAAGAUGGGAUUUGAUUGGAGCCUUGAGGGCACAUGGUGAUGGGGGGGGGGGGGGGUUGUUUUUGCAAGACAUCUGUGUGUUCUCAUUUGAUUUCCGGCAUUUCAGUUAAGUAUUCCAUAUUCCAUUUCAAAUCUCUUAAUCUUUUUGGUGAAUACAUUUAAAGCUAAAUUAUAAACUGUGCAAGUCUCUUAUAAAAAUGUGCAAGUAUUUUUUUUCCUCCCAACAAAUAUCUCUGCAGGAGCUCUGGAAAAAUGAAACAAAUGUUUUAUUUUAAUGUUACUCAAAGCAUUGAGCAAGAGAGAAGGCUGUCUUUUAAUUGUCGUUAAAUAACUUUAGUCUGGAACAGAUAUUUAGUUUAUUGUCAGAACUUUAUUAAAUAAUUAAAAGAAGGGUGUAACGGAAGCGAUUUUUGGCAAACCUUUGGCUGAAAUUCUUUUAAUGCCAGUCACAUAUUAUCUGUGCAUUGGGCUUUUCUACAGUUUUUUUUCCCCAAAUGGAUCUUACAAUAGUUGGCCAAACAGUCCCACCACAAAAACUCACACCAUUGGUUGCGGUGUUAUAGAAAAGUAAAAAAUAAAAUAAAAAAGACAUUCCAAAGGAAAACCAACACCUUCAACUUUAAAACCAAAAUCACCAAAUUAAAACAGGAGAUCGGCAUAUUGUUAUUCUUUGUAAUUUUAAUUCCCAUAAUUUAAUUAGUUAAAAUGCAUACAACUUUCACAAAAUGUUCCAAAAAGAAAGAAAACAGCAAUACAGUACAUAUGCAGAUAAGGGGGUUUUGUUUGAAUUCCAGCCCUGUCUUAAGAUGGUCCCAGACAGUUAACAGCAUAGCAUUCACAUCAUGGCGAUAGAAACGACACACAGCGGGCAAUCAGCAGGCCAGCAGAGGAUUGGGCUACAUUCUAUUUUCAAGUGCAGAUAAGAACAUGGAAACUUCAUAAAUGAUAUUAGUGCACUACGGGAGAAUGUCGCUAGGCUGCCAAGAACAGUUAUAAAACCUUUUAUCAACACACUGGUUGUGGAUAUGAAUGAUUUUGUUUCAGUAAGUCUAUAGUGAUCUGUUUGGAUUUGUCCAAUCAUAACAUGUCCAUCUAAAAACACAGAAUGGCUUUGAUUUUUUUGACAUUUAUUUAACGCAAUAGUGGUUAACACUGGAUUUUUUCCAAUAUGUAACUCGUAUGGCCAAAUUCUGUGGCCAAACUGCAGCCUCAUGUUCGGUUACGCAAAUACCUGAACGCAGACGCGAUUCCAAAUUUCAACACAACUCUCAGCAACAGCUGUAAAAUAGUGUAAAUUUCUUACAGAUCAACUACUUUCAUGAUGCAGCAACAAUUAAAAGAGAAUCUCAUUCUAACAUUAAUUGCAACUUUCCUGAAUAUUAACACAUUAAAGGGAAAGUUCACCUUCAGUUGCACAGUGUUUUUGUCUUUUAAUCCCUUUAAGUUUAAUGUCAGAUACAUUUAAAAAUUCAAUUCAAGUAGGGAGGUUUGUUAGCGUGAAAUCAAAUUUACAAGAGCUUAUGCGCGUUGGUAGAGUGACAAGCAUCUGCGUUCACAUACUUGUGUAAAGAAUAUGUUUUGGCAUUUGUCUUUUUUUUUUAACUGCGCAAGUGGCAGAUUUCGCUGGCGUGCCGAUGUAAAACAAAAGUUGUACUGGAUCUUGCCGUGCCAUAAAUUCUAAACGGUGUGUCGCCACUGCUGGUGGAGGUCCGAUUGACCACAUUCUGGCAGCUCAAUAUUGCAUUUCAGGGAAACAAAAUUACAAAGUUUUCAAAAGUUAAUCAUGAAAAUUUUUUAUUCACAAACACUCGCUCUCACACUAGUAGGGAGAGACGUCCCUGGACGAGAAAAAAAAAAACUAUGGAUAUAUGGAACCAAUCCACAUUAAGAUCACCUGCCUGAACUUCUUACACUCUUUUUGCAAUAUAACCAUCUUUAAGAAAUUGUUCAGUGGUAUUCAGCACUGAAUCUUCUUAUUAUAGUUACUGGCACUUCAACAUAAUCGAUGCUCAGGAGUCCAGUUUACUCUCCAUGUGAGAAGUCACCACCCAGGUAGAACUUAUAUAUGUAGAAAAAUAUAGUUUAAUGAAAUUUAUAUCUAUUCAUUUCUUUAAUUAUUAUUUUUUUAAUCAUAUCCACCAUGUAAAGUACUACAUAUAGCAGUGUGAUGUAACACAGGAUCAUUAUGAUUCACACUGCUAAAACACAAAAUGACAUGAAACACCUUUGCGCAAUGCCUGGUUAUUUCAUAUUUAAUUUGUGAUUCAUAGUUAGUUGAUUGGCAUUUUUAGGCAACUUGCAAUGAGUUAUUCUACAAUAUGAUUACAAUGUAAACACCACAGUACUGAAGUUACUGUAUCCAACAAACAGUAAAGCACAACAUUACAAGGCAAAUGGCCAUAUAAGCAUAGCUUUGUUCUUGAUGAAAAAUAAAAACAAAAGUAAUACACAGAAAAAGAAAGAAAAGAAAGAAAGAGCAACACUUUGCAUUGGUUCAAAGCCACACAUUUGUAGUCUCCAAAUCUGGUUACUAUCCCGAAGCAGAUUACGACAAACAUCUAAGCCCAGUUCAAAUGAUAAUCACAUGGACAUUUUUGGGCUUAAAUCACGAGACUUUUUGGUUUCUUGUGGGUUCAGGGCCACAAAAAGUUUGUUACAUAUUGACCUUCCGUUAAAUGACACAUUUGUGCCACUGAAUCUCAUCCUGACCUGAUAAACCUCAAUGUGAUAUCAGUACUGAAGGCUUUAUCAAGUAGAUGAAUGCUGAUAUGACCCUGACCCAUAGAAAGACCCGGUGUCUAACACUGCCUCUCAACACAUCAUAUAGAUUUACCCACUUCACUUAUGUUUGUGCUGGUAUUAUGGGUUCAUGUGAAGUGAUUUUGGCUGUCCUGGCACAUACAGGUAUUUAUAUUGGCAUCAUCCGUUGGGCUCGAAGAACAUUAUACACUAUUGCUAGACUGAACUACUAGCAUCCUGUCUCAACAUUAUAGUCAACUGAUUACUUUUGUUUGAAUAUUGUUUAGAUGAUUACAAACACUGUCAAAGAGUAUGGCAAUUUAACUUGACCAUCACAAUGUUUGGCUAUUAAUCUUCUAAAAAAGAGAGAGAGAGAGA